UUGGGCCGAAAGAAGACUGGGCGCAGGGUAGCUCGUCCAUCAAUCCCUUCGGAGGAACCGAUUGUGUCGCCGACCCCGGUGACAGCACCUGAUGGAAACUCUCGCCGCCGCCGCCUGAUAUUGGAGGAAGAGUCGGAAGAGGAGUUCGUUGUCCAUGAAGUCCCGUCUCCUGUUAAUGGGGCAAAUCCGACCAUAGUUUCCAAACAUCAGUGCCCGAUUGCUGGCGAAAUUGUGGAUGCCGUCCCUCUGCGGAUGUUGGCCCUGGAUCCGUGGUAUAUUGAAGAUAGGGUUCCUCCCCUCAGGGAGACGCGAACCCUUCGACGCCAACUUCCUAGGACAGGCUCAGCCCACGGCAAAGAGGGUAAUGGGCAGAACUCGAGUUCGGGGACAGAGGAUGAGUGGAAAAGGAAAGACAAACAGCCGCGGGUGGCUCCGAAGAAUUUGGAGAGCUCGCCUUUGGCCCCGGAGCUGUGUGAUUCGGAGGGCACGAGCUCAGAGGAGGAAUCUUGUUUGUUUGAAGUUCGUAGGAGGGUGCCUGAGGAGAAGGGAACUCUGCGCCGCUUAGCCCGCUCAAACAGGGUGAAUCAGGUGGUGCAAGCUUUUGAGAAGGGUUUGGCCCUGAAGGAGAACCAUUUCGAUUCCCAUCCUCUUCUUUCUCCCGAGCUUCGCCUUUCCUUCUCCAUUCCAUCGCGACGACGAAGCCCAGUUCCCGGCAGGCGAGGCAGCAAGCUGCCGUCGCCUGUUAAACCUCCCUGCGUCGACAGUCCCAGCACCCAGCGCCGCGCUUCCAUCUCUCUCCCCGAAUCGCCUCCCAGCAAGCACCCAGCGUCGACGGUCCCAGCACCCAGAGAAAGCAAGCAAGGGUCGCGUCGCCGAAUCGCCUCCAACUCUUCCGGACAGCUAUCUCUGUUCGAGCAAGCACAAGACUCGACCGGCGGCGGCGAGUCUUCGAGCGGCGACGGCGAUUCUUCGAACGGCGACGGCGAUGCUUUGAAGACAGACGACGGAGGCUGCAAGGCGGAGGCUGCGAGGCUUCGAGCCCUUUCUGGGUUUUCAAACGAAGAGAGGUUCUCGGCCGAUCACCUUUCUCGCACUUUCUCUCCCGAUUUUCUCUCCUUUCAAAAUCACUCCGCUUCUUCCCCUCUCAAUCCCUCUGAUCGCCGGAGAUUGCUUCCUCCUCUCUACCGAUCUCUCCUCCCUCCGCCUCUCACUUGUUCCAACUGUGGCGUUUCAGCGAGGUAGUCGUAUCCUGUACUUUUCCUGUGUGCAUAAAUGCCAGUUGCGAAACUCAAAGGGGCCAACGCUACAGAUGUGAUGAAAUCAGAAGAGGGGAAUGAUUCCCUCGACACGUUUAUCAGGCAAGCAAUGGGGAAGGAGCCUCUACUUUCCUUCCCAAGGACUAACGACAGCCCCGUACAGUGGAUCCAACUGCUUCAAGCUCUAGACCAGCAAGAUGGACCUGGGUGGCCUUUACUGACUCCUUUGAAGGUUCAGAUGCAAAAAUGUGACAAGUGUUCACGGGAGUUUUGUUCCUCCAUAAACUAUAGGAGGCACAUACGUGUUCACCAUCGACUGAAAAAGCUUGACAAGGAUACCACAAAAAACAGGAAUCUGUUAGGAGCCUUUUGGGAAAAGCUCUCUGAAGAUGAAGCAAAGGAGAUUUUGUCAUUCAAGGAUGUGGCGCUGGAGGAAGUGUCGGGAUCUUCAAUUAUAAAGUCAUUGAUGGCUCUUAACCGGAAACAGGGGUUUUCUCCCCUUCCACAGUACUGUUUGAGGGCUGGUACUGCUCUUCUGGAUAUUAUCCAAGGGAGAUUUAGGUAUCCUUUAUCUUCAGAGGAACUGUUUAGUAUUCUCGAUGAUGCCAGUGAAAAGACAUUUCUGUGUGGAGCAGCAAUCUCAAUGCAGAAGUAUAUUUUUGAUGGGGAAGCCGCUAAAACUGGUCUCGAGACAAAGAACAUAGUUGCAUGCACCAGCUUCUUGGUGGAACAGAAACUGAUUAAGGCAUGGGUUGCAGACAAGGAUGCGGAAGCUCUGAGGUGCCAGAAAUUGCUUGUGGAGGAGGAAGAAGCUGCCCAGAGAAGGCAAGCUGAACUUGUGGAACGGAAAAGGCAGAAGAAGCUCAGGCAGAAAGAACAGAGAGCUAAGGAGCAGAGGCUGGAGGAGAAACCUGACAUCGAGGAGCACAGUGAUGAGACCAUGGAGGAGCCCCCAGCUGAACUACCCUGUUCAACUGCAUGCAGUUCUAAUUCACACGACGUCGAAAUUCAGCCAGAUCCCUUUUCAUCAUCUUCUGAACCUCUCCAACUCACAUAUCAAGAUGAAGAGUUGUUGGAUUUGGAGAAUCAGAUUCUAUACGAUACUGGAGCUGCUGGUGAUCCAUGCAGAGAUUAUUUUGUCGAACGGCACACGACAGUACCGGGAUGCAACCGUAGUAGGCACGUAGGUCGGUGGCACGUGCCUCCAAAAUCCCAGUGGAAUCAUAUUCCUAACGGUUAUCACGGAACUUACAGGGAUCCGAAACAAGCGGCAAUGGUUAACGGGAACAGAAAGUGGAGCAGGAAAGCUAGAGUAGAAUAUGCCACCGGGGAGACCUUGAAACCCAGAGUUGAUAGGGAAGCAGCAAUGACAAGCCAGCAGCCAGAUCAUCAUGCCAAGAAACGCGAAGUUCUUAUUGGCUCUAUCUCUGUUGCACUUGGGAAUUCUAGCCAACAGGAUGGUCAAGCAGACCAGCAGCAGCAAGUUCCGAGGAAGAGCAAUAAUAAUGUUCAGGACAAACACUCGAAUCGUUCAACAGUGAAGCAGCAGUGGAGGCCUGUUAGCCGAAAUGGCACCAAAGGCCAACCACAAGAUGAAAGUGGCUCUAGAGAAUCACCAGAUGGAAGUCUACCUCCUGGGAGGUCUCAAUUCUCAUGCCAGGCGGCUAAAGCUUUUCUUGCAGAGAGGUGGAAGGAGGCAAUGGCAGCGGAGCAUGUGAAAUUGGUUCUCGCACCUGAACCAUUCAAAGCCGGUAAGGGUGUUCAACAAAAUGGCUGUGCUGUUGCAGCUGAGUCGUCAGAUGUUCGUAGAGGUAUAGAGCUUGGUACCAGAGGAUCGGAGGAGGAUAUGAUGGUCGAUGGAGGUGCUGGUUUGAAGGGCAAGUUCAGAGCAAAACCUGAGAAAGGGGUGAAGCUAAAGUACAUACCGAAACAAAGAACGUUGAGCUAAUAAACCAAAGAAGAGGGAAGGAAGGAGGAGCAAAACUCAUUUCUCUUUUCAUCUUUUCGGGGGGUUUUCUCAUACAAACGUGCACAGAUUUUGAUUUUGUCAUUUUACUACAUUCUUAGCAGAGGGUUCCAGUUUUACAGCCAUGGUCUUCUGUCAGGACAAAAAAAUUGAUAGACAAGAACGAGAAAACGAGAGUGAUCUGAAAAAAAAAGGGUUUUUGCCAGGAGUCAUUUUUCAGUUUCGUCCUUUUUUUACCAGUGGCUUUAGCAACAGCUGGAGGUUUUGGUUGGUAUUAAUUUACUUAGCAGAGGCAGAGCAGUUUAUAGUGUUAUUUUCCCUUUUUUUUUUCGGUAUUCUCCAUUUUUGGUUAAAUUUUUUGGGGUUGGGGUCUCUCAUUGAUUCAGUCUCGAUUGUUUUACCUGUACUAAUAAGUUUUAGUGUCUCUUACUUGUAGGUCUUGUUGACAUACACGAUACAUAUUUUCUGGCAGAGUUCUUCCUUUCCUGCCUUCCCAUUCUCCAACCUCGUCACAGACUCACAGUGUUGAUAUUAUGCGUUAUUUGGAUGAGAUUUUUGAAUGAGAUAAAGUAGUUAAUGAC